UUGAAGCGACAACUGGUUGUUGCAUGUCUUGUCAAACAACAAGACGCGGAAGUAGAAGAAGUCGAACCUGAUUUCAGGCUUCAGAUUCUGUGGAUUCAUGUCAGGCAGCCUGAGGUGAAAAAAGAUGAAGACUUUGAUGGUGUUCGAUUUUGACCACACUGUGGUUGAUGACAACAGCGAUACCUGGGUGGUCAGAUGCCUUCCAGGUCAGACUCUCCCCGACUCUGUGAAGAAUUCCUACAGAAAAGGUCACUGGACUGAAUUCAUGGGCCGAGUGAUGAGCUAUAUAGGACACCAGGAGGUCAGCCCUGACAGGGUCCAAAGCGUCAUGGAGACUAUACCCUUCACUGCUGGAAUGACAGACUUGCUGUCGUACAUAUCGCAGAAUAAAAGCACCAUCGACUGCAUAAUUAUCUCGGACUCAAACACCAUGUUCAUAGACUGGGUCCUCCAUGCAGCUGGGCUGCAGGCAGCCGUCGAUCGGGUCUUUACCAACCCUGCCAAGUUCAAUGAGCUUGGGCACAUGGAGGUGCAGUGCCACCACUCACAUCAGUGCGACCGAUGCCCCGUCAACCUCUGUAAGAAGGAAGUCCUGGAGCUUUAUCUGUCCGAUUGGUCUGAUAAUGGUGUGGAGUAUGCGCAGAUCUUUUACGUGGGCGAUGGCGGGAAUGAUCUGUGCCCUACUUUCUGUCUGAGGAGUCAUGAUGUUGUGAUGCCCAGGAAAGGGUACACCCUGGAGAAACUGCUGACCAAACUGGAAGGGCAGGAAGGUGAAACUUCUCCCAGAGUCUUCGCGUGGAGCAACGGCACCGACAUCCUCCAGGAGCUGAAAGCAGCCAUGCAGUCGUAGGCAGAGCCCGUGGAGUAUACGAUACUUGAUUAGCUUAUCAAUUAUCAGAGGUGUAACAUUUGCCCUACCAAGACCAGUAUUUAUAAUAUUUAAUUAUAAUUUAAUUAUUAUCAAAGAUUUGUCUGAUGUUCAAAGUUUGCAGUGGGAAUUUUGGGUGUUUGAGCCCAGUAACAUUAACACAUCACAGAAACAAAUGUAUGCUUAGUUGCUAAGAAUCCGGUGAUGGCACUAAUACCUUUCACUGCCCAGCUGCUAGUUAGCUCAGCACAACAACACAGGGUGAAACAACAAGCCUGGCUCUGUUCCAGGGGAAAAGAGGACACCGAUUCCUGCACCUCUUAAGCUAAAUAUCAUAUUUUAUCUAAAUUUUCCUGAUUUGCUUUCUUUUGUGACCUGAUUGCGUCUUAUCAGUCCAGACUUGACCGAAAGCUGUCAACACCUCCACCCUGUCUUCUGUGUUAAUUUUCGUCAUUGUUCUAUCCAGACACAUGGUAUUACAUAUAUAAUAACAUGUAGUUAUUUAAAUGAAUUUGAAAUGAAUUUAGAAAAUAGGUAAAGAAGACAUAAUAUUAACUCUAUAGGUGCUGGUAGUUGAAUUUAGUGUCAUUUUGUUUCUUGCCUUUUUGGUAAGCUAAGAUGCCAAACAGCACUAAUCACGUGGUCUGAACGACCAGUGGUUUUGUGUGGAGCCUUUGCACAGCCUUUUAACAAAUGUGUGUGAUUUUACAAACAUGAAAACACUAUAGAUAUACUUAAUUCAUUAUGGAUUAUAACUUGUUUUUACAGCAGCCCCAUUUCUGUAGAUAUGAUUUUAUUUUAAACCUAACACCUCUCUAGUGACGUACCUCUGCUGCUGAUUUUAUCUAGUUUCUAGAAAAUGCAGAUGAAUAAAUGUACUGAUUUUUUUUUGUUGUUGCAAUUUUUACAUCUCAGGUGUGUGCUUAUGUGUUAUCAAUGGAAAUCAGUUUUAGAUCAUUCUGAUCACAUUUACUGUCUAGUUUGCUCUGUUGAAUCCAUGGCAUAAACUAAACAAUUCAAGCUAACCAAGUCCUUGUUAUACAAUACCUCAGAUUUACUUGAGUUGUGUGGAUAAUGUAAAACCUGCCUGUUCUUUUAUUUGACAAGGUUUUUAGUUUCUAUACUGUAAUAUUAUCCAUAAAACUUUAUAGAUAGCUUUUGAAUAUCUUGGGAACUUUAUCCAACAUUUUUUUUUUUUUACAGUUUAACAGGCUGUGAUCAACUCUGGGCUGACGUAACAUAUUAAUUGUUUAAUUAUUGCUUUAUUAGGCCUAAUCAUUAUUUGUAAACAAGAUCAGUCAGCUACUCAAAGCUCACUGUCCUCUGGCCACCUGGGGAGAUCUGCAGUGUAUUUGCAUUAGAGAAAACAGAUGCUGUGAUGAGAGACAGCAUUAAAGGGAUAGUUUAUUAUCCGUUGUUAUUAUGUGAUAAAACAGACUGAGCUGUGCAUGCUCCCUGUUGCCCCCUUGUGCCAAGAAUCGGCACAACACAGGCAGUCUUUUUCUCAAAGAAAACAAGGCUGUUCUGGGGUAGGACAAAUAAUAACCAUUUCCAUAGUGGCAUGAACUUAACUUCAGGCCAGCUUUGGAUAUGUUUCGUCCAAAAGGGUGAUUUUUGUACUUUUGCUAAAUUACAUUUAAAGCACCUUUUACAAAGCAAAGAACCACAACAACACUUUAAAUUUUGGUGAAUACUUUGAGCUGUCAAGCAGUGGAUCCCAAGCUUUUCACAGUCCCGUAUCCCUUCAGACAUUUUGACCUCCAGCCAUGUUCUCCUGCACACACAUAGACAGAGCACACAUGAAAUAAAAUCUCUCAAAGUCAGUUAUUUCUCUAAGCUAAUUCUGCUACAAUGUUUGGAUGAAUUUGACUGUAAAUCAUGUUUUUUUUUGUGUGUUUUGUUUUUGUGUUCACGUACCCCGACAUCACUUGAAAGUACCCCAGUUUGGGACUCCCUGAUCUCGAGCACGCACCCCUUACUCUGUGAAUAUUCACUUGAUUUCGAUGUACUCACUUGAUAUUUGUGGGGUCAAGCUGAACAUAUUUGUUAAAAUUUUACUACCAGUUUCAGUUUACCUAUUUGUGGGUCUAAUGAAAGAAACUCACUGCAUUUUCACUGUUGCUGUAUUUUCCCCUCCCGUGUUAUUUUCUGAAACUAAACCGCAAAGUAUAAAGUCUGCUUCCUGUUUA